CGCCAUAAUCUAGGUAUAUAAAUAACCUACAGGUCAAACUAUAGAACAACCAUUCUACAUUUACAACUUCAACAAAUAUUAAGAUACAAUUUAUUUGAUAUUCUUUGAUCAUCAUGGAAAAUCAACCACGACUCUCAACAACCGCCAUAACCAGCCAUCAAUACUGUGCUCCAGCUACACAUCCAAUUGAUUUGAUAAUCAUAAAGGAGAGGACUCGGAGAGAUAAUUUCACUGUCACAGACAUCAACAACAACGUUAUUUUCACGGUUAAAAGUCCUCAAGUAAGCAUCAUAACACCGCGCCAACACCAGUUCUUGUAUGAUGCCAACGGAAACCCCAUUCUCCAUCUUCGUAGAUCGCUGCUAGCAGCAGAUGAUAAAUGGAAAGCAUAUAGAGGUGAAAGUGAAGAGCCACAGGACCUCAUCUUUACUAGGGAGCGAUCCUCGUUAAUGCCGUUAAGGACUAAAUUAAAUGUGUAUUUGGCAAAUAAUAGCACACAAGUUUGUGAUUUCAUUGUCAAAGCAAAUUUAUCUCAACUAUCUUGGAAAGUUUACAUUGGAAAUUCAGACAAUCUUGUUGCUCAGAUAGAGAAGCAGCGUGGCAUUAUGUUUAACAGGAAAAGUUCAUGGUCACUGUGUCUCCCAACAUGGAUUAUGCUUUCAUUGUGGCUCUGGUUGUGACUUUUGAUUAAAUUUUAGGUUCACAUUUUCAAUUUUUUGUUUGUUUGUGUAAAUGUAAAGAUAUAUUUUCUCAUAAAGGAAAAAUGAUAUUUGUAUUUAGUUCAAAAUCUUAAACAACUCAAAACUUCUGCAUAUUGUGUUAUUGCUCUUCUUUACAAGAGGUGGCUAGUGGAUAUCCUUCAUACCAUAGUAGGUUUUUUACACCAUGGUAUGAUUUAUUUUUUUUUCCGGAAAAUCAUAUCUUUCUCUUUUCGCAUCACAAAGUUUGUCGGGAUCAUAGCCAGUGAUUGAAAUGGAUUUUCCCUCAUACAUAUAGAAAACAUACAGGUACCAUUUUCCUCAUACACGACUUCUAGACAAUAAGAAAUAUCUUGAAUACAAAUAAAUUUCUCUUUUCAAUGCAUGUUGUUGGAAGAAUAAGGGGAUAGGAGAGCCCUUUUCUGGAUGGCGCUCACAGAGGCUCAUCCUCUCGAGUUGAAAUCUUUCUCUCAUAGAACAAGAAAAAUACGCCAACAUUAGGCGUAAUGUCGAGUGCCCAUCAGAGAAUCUCAAUGCUCGCACAAAAGUUCAGUUGUUCAGAUGGAGCUUAUAGGGUUAUAAUUGGUAUUAUGAUUAAGUUGUUUUAUUCGAGAGUGUGAUUCUCUUGUAAUUGUAUUUGUAAUGGACUUAAAGGUUGUAAGUAAAAUCUGAAGAAAAAAAUUUUGGGUGAAGCUUCUUGAGCUUAACUUGUGUAAAAGUUCUAUUUGAUUGUUAGAAGGUUAGUAGAUUGAACCCAUAAAAGCUCAAGUCUAAUUAUAGUAGAACUCUAAACAUAGUUAG